UCGUCUCCAGGGAACAACGCCAUUUCUUCGAACAUAGAGAGACAAAGAUGGCUUCUCUGGCGCAGCAAUGGACCGGCGGCCUGAGAUGCGCGCCUGUAUUAUCGACGCGCAUCUCGAGGAAGAAGUCGUACUUAUAUCCAAUGAAGCAAUUCCAGAAUCGCGGUGGCGUGAUAGUAUCGUCUGCGGGAGGAGUGGCUAUCGGGAAUGCAGAGACCAGAGAGAGGCUCAAGCUCAAGGAGCUCUUUCAGGAAGCUAGCGAACGUUGCCGAAAUGCUCCCAUGGAAGGCGUCUCAUUCACCCUUGAGGAAUUUCAAUCGGCUCUUGAUCAAUACAACUUCGACUCUGAAAUUGGAACCAAGAUCAAAGGAACAGUUUUCUUGACAGAUGCUAAUGGGGCAUUUGUCGACGUUACUGCAAAGUCUUCUGCAUAUUUGCCAGUCCAGGAGGCAUGCAUUCACAAAAUAAAGCACGUUGAAGAAGCUGGUAUAUUUCCUGGUUUGAAAGAGGAGUUUCUAAUCAUUGGCGAGAACGAGUCUGAUGAUAGUUUGGUCUUGAGUUUACGGUCUAUCCAAUAUGACAUUGCUUGGGAACGUUGUAGGCAGCUUCAAGCUGAGGAUGUUGUUGUGAAGGGCAAGGUUGUUGGUGGAAACAAGGGUGGAGUGGUUGCUGUCGUGGAGGGCCUUCGAGGAUUUGUCCCUUUCUCGCAGAUAUCUUCGAAAACUACAGCAGAAGAGCUCCUGGAUAGAGAGCUUCCAUUGAAGUUUGUAGAGGUUGAUGAGGAGCAGUCUAGGCUUGUCCUCAGUAACCGCAAGGCAAUUGCAGAUAGCCAGGCACAGCUUGGGAUUGGAUCAGUGGUUGUCGGAACUGUUCAAAGCCUUAAGCAAUAUGGUGCGUUCAUUGACAUUGGUGGAAUCAAUGGCCUUCUUCAUGUUAGUCAAAUCAGUCACGAUAGAGUUACAGAUAUUGCAACAGUUCUUCAACCUGGGGAUACUCUCAAGGUCAUGAUACUAAGUCAUGAUCGUGAGAGAGGUCGAGUGAGUCUUUCAACCAAGAAGUUAGAACCUACGCCAGGAGACAUGAUUCGAAAUCCAAAGCUUGUUUUCGAGAAGGCUGAGGAGAUGGCUCAGACAUUCCGACAGAGAAUUGCUCAAGCAGAAGCUUUGGCUCGUGCAGACAUGCUUAAGUUUCAGCCUGAGAGUGGAUUAACUCUAGGCCCUGAUGGGGUACUGGGUCCACUGUCUUCUGACCUGCCAGCAGAGGGUUUAGACUUGACUGAUAUCCCCCCUGCAGAAGAUGAUACCAUAAAAGCAUCUGCAGACGACAGUUUAGAUGAAUGAUGUCCCCGUAGCAGAAUUUGAAAUCGGAGAGAAGCAUAUUCCCCAUUUCUCCCACUCGCCAUUCAUGAUUCAUGAUUCAUGAUUCAUGAUUGGAGAAGAAAAGUAUAUUCAUCUUUCAGUGUGCAUGAUUGGAGAGAAGCCAUCUUACCAUAUUCCCAGAAAAGCAUCUUCGACUUGAAAGCAAUAUUUCUAGUCCAGGAUGCAUAGGUUUUGCCAUGCACCAUAGGUUAAACACGGAGCAGUUCAAUCAUCACUAUUUCCUGGUACAGAAGUUGAUUUCAUCGUGUAUUUAUACAUUCAAAAAGAGAUUUGAUAUAUAUAUAUAUAUAUAUAUAUAUAUAUGCGCUCAA